AUGUUUGUCCGUCGCCGCGGUUGCUCCCUUGUGACCUUGCCACUGCCCAGAAGUCUCAGUGGUACGAUGACGCCCAUCAAGCUCUCCAGGUUAUGCUGCGCCUCAGGGACUGGCCUCUCUCCUCCCUCCGUGUCUUCAGCGACGUCCCUCCGCUCCGAGACACCUGGCAAGGUUCUCGUGCGUAUCCGCGACCGUGACGGAACCGCCUACGAGCGUAUGUACAAUGAGGGCGACAACUUGAUGGAGGCAAUCCGUGACGACACCACUCUGCCGGUGGAGGUGCCGGGGGCUUGCAACGGCACCUGCCAGUGCUCCACCUGCCAUGUUCUCCUUCACUCUGCGGAGUGGCUAGGCAAGGUGGGAAGGCUGUUUGCCAUCACGGAUGCAGAGCAGGACUGCCUUGAUAAGGCGUCUGGUGUAUCGGAUGCCUCACGGCUCAGCUGCCAGCUCACUUUGUCAGGGGAGCUCAAUGGAAUUGAAAUCGACCUGCCAAAGAGCACGCUGGACGUGCGAUGGCAGGCUGCCUAUCGACGCUCCACCAAGAAGUGA